AGAUACUAUAAAAGCUGAAAAAGCAGUACACAUAUUUAUCGACUGUGUGCACAGGCGCCCACACACACACCAAUCUAAACAUCUGACUGACCGCUGAUGAGUCUGGUGUAGCGGCGAUAUCGGUGCGCUCACCGCUGCGCUGCAGCCGCUGUUGCUGCAGGGGGAGCAUCCGUCCAACAGCCUGCAGUGCUGCGAUGCGCGGCAGCUCCUCUCUGCGCCUCUUCCCCCCGCAUAAUCGUUUUCAAGACCUCCGAGGAACAGAUUCGUGAGAGAGGGGCGAGCUCCGUGCAGCAGGGAGGUGAAAGAGUCUGUAGUGUGUGCGUCUUAACUGAGAUGGAGAAGGCGCUUGCUCAUUUCCACGAAUGUUUACAUGGUUUCUGGAGAUGCAGGUGUCAACAGAGGUUUUCCUUUCAAUGACUGGAUAGAGGCAGUGAGGUUCCAGGAUGCGGUCCAUGAGGAAGACGGUGUUGCUAGUCAUCUUGGUGUCUGUGGUGCUAGUACUGGCUCUCCUCCAUUCGUGGCCCACUCGGGGUUAUACCACAGUGGAUGUUUGGCAGCGACCAGCGUUUAUAGUAGAGAGGCAUCUGGAAGAGAGGGUCCCUGAGUCAGACCAUCGAUUGAGCAAUAUUCCCUUCCAUGUAAGGGAUAAUGUGGCGAGUUUGCUGGCACGUAAUGGAUGCAUAUGUGAGGGCGAAAGUGGGGGGGUAAACCUACCGUUCGCACAACUCUUGUUCCCGCGGGUGUCAGCUCAUCCGCUGCACACUGCCUUCGAGGCUUCAGAGCUGGAGGAGAUGAAGAGGAGACGGGCUAAAGAGUACAGCAGCUUUCAGACGAGGUCAAAGACCCCUGCAGAUCUACUCAUUAUUGCUGAGGCUAACAGCCCCUUGCAGUAUCCAACACAGGGGGUGGAAGUACGACCCCUGAAAACAAGCAUCAUCCCAGGCUUGGCCUUACAUGACCUUCCCAGAGAUAAUUACUCAAUAAACAUCACUGCCACGCUGGGAACUCUAAAUGUGGCCGCGGAGGUAGACGAGGUGAAAAUCAAAGGUGAUGGCGAGAUGCACAUGACUCUUUCCAGCCGCCUGCUGCCGAACAUGAACCGACAGCUGCAGUUCGUCACCUACACGAACACGCUGUUUCAUCCCAGCACGGCAGACACAGUGCAGCUUGAGACAGAGGGACAUCAAGCUGUCUUCAGCAUCAAGAUCCGACACGGAACAACACCUAAACUGUACAACACUGGAUCCAAAGGAGAGUACAACAUCAGCGCCCUCGUGACAAUAGCCACAAAAACGUUCCUGCGUUACGAUAAGCUUAGAGAUCUUAUCGACAGCAUCAGAAGAUACUACCCUACUGUUACCAUAGUUAUAGCUGAUGACAGUGAAAAUCCCCAAACCAUCUCUGGGCCUUACAUCGAACAUUACAUCAUGCCCUUUGGAAAGGGUUGGUUUGCCGGCCGAAACCUGGCCGUGUCCCAGGUGACCACGAAGUACGUACUGUGGGUGGAUGAUGACUUCAUCUUCACAGCCAACACCAAGCUGGAGAAGCUUGUAGAUGUUUUAGAAAGGACCACUCUGGAUCUAGUGGGUGGUGCAGUGCGGGAGGCCACGGGGUACACCGCCACCUACCGUCAAACCAUCUCCAUUGAGCCAGGAGAGGAAGAUGGUGACUGUUUACACAUGAGGAGAGGAUUUCAUCACGUCAUUGAAGGCUUCCCCAACUGCGUUGUGACUGAUGGGGUCAUCAACUUCUUUUUAGCUCGCACAGACAAAGUCCAGCAGGUCGGCUUUGACCCACGCCUCACCAGGGUCGCUCAUCUGGAGUUUUUCAUCGAUGGCCUCGGCUCUCUCCAUGUGGGCUCUUGCGAUGAUGUCAUUGUCAAUCACGCGACCAAAAUCAAACUACCCUGGGUAAGCCAGUCAGAGAGCGACAAGACCUACGCCAAGUUCCGUUACCCAUCAGCCUCCUCUGAUGCCACGCACACCAAAAACGGCCUCCUGUACUUCAAGAAUCGGUUUCAGUGCUUGACUCAUAAUUAGCUUCCCCUCUCCUCUUUUUCUCGAAGGUUCCUCCGCUCUCCCCGAGUUGCCAAAGAAGUUCUCCUCCCCCACGCCCUGUCAGAUAAAAUUUUGGUUUGCCUUCUCUUGAGAACCUUGAAAUUAUUUUUCCAGCUUCAGCCUUUAGAGCAGUUUUAGCAUGUUUUAUCUGUCAGUGCACAGCUCUGCAGUGAGCUAAAAAGUCCUCUAGCAUCUAGAAGCCCAACAGAAAAAUUUAGGCUUCCUUUUUGGUGUGAAGACAGGAGAAAAUGAGCUGCAGUGCCCAGUAACAUCUCGAGCCAUAAAGGAAUCUUGCUCAUACCCUGCACAAAGACCAGGCUUUGGGAGAACCGAACAGGUAGCAGCCAGUGUAACUUCAUUGUCAUGCUGUUUUGGGUAGAUGUGCAUGCAUUCUCCUUCGAUUUGCACUAGCCGAAUAUAGAAUUGAGCUUGGAACAAGGUCUUUCUGUCAGUGACAAUAAACCCUAUCAGUUAAGUGACAGAGCUGCAGACUCGGAGCUCCAGUGUGACCUCCUUGCCAAUGCCACAUGAAGAACGUGUUCCAAGUCUUUUCAUUUGUCGGGUUCUGGUACUGACUGGCCGUGCCAAAGGUCUGGAUCCUGCUAGCUCUUGGGUGCUUUAAUCUGUGUGUGCAUUAUGGUUUUACUGCCCAUUACCCAGAAUCCUUUUGUGUCACCCAUGGAGAGAUAAGUAAGAUCUGAGGAGGAGAACCUUUUGGUCUCAGUUCAUCAGGUGUUACCUGGUUGCGGGAGCAGCUGUAAUCGUCGUCUUCUGCUGUUUGUCUGUUUCCCCAACAAGCAUCUGAGGAAAACGAGGCGUUUGAGUGCUCACCACCGGAUCUUUACAUGUGGCCAAAAGAAACAUUGGUUGAACUAAAGUACUUGUAAAAUACUCACAUCAUUAUGAAAAGAGGAUGGAGAAGGGGGGGGGGGGG